GAGGAUUCUCAACAAGGGCUCAUUGAUAACCUCAAGGGAUCGUUCGCUGUGUCGAAGUGACUUGCUGCGUAUUGGUUGUAACUACGCGAUAGAAACAGCCAGAUGAGUCGUCAACGUACGGUUGACUUAUUUAUCUAGUAGACUUCGUUAGUAGCGCGUGUUUAGCAGGUGUUUAGCGUGUUUAGUAGACAUCAGGGCGUGGCUUCUAGAACAAUCUCGAUGCUUCCUGCCAUGGCCCUCCCUUCGCUCCGGCUAUCGCCUGGAACAACCACCCUAGUCUCCUCUAGAUUACAAGGCUCACGGGGAUUUCAAAAUGAGCAGGGAAAACUGCAGGAUCAUCAUCAGCCGCAGCAGCAGCGCAUUUCCUCACCCAGCCACCGCCAACAACAUCAUCAUUAUCACCAUCAUCGGCAUCAUCGGCACGUGUGCAGACUACCUCACUCGAGACCAGCAAGCAGCAUCGGCCGAGUUGUUGCCGCGGGUGGCCGCCAUGAUUAUAACGAGUACGCGGAUCGCGAGGGCAUAGCAGACAGCAACUUUCCGUCGACUCGCUCAAAUGAGGAGAGAGGAAGAGCGAAUGACAUUAGAAACACACCAACUGGAAACAGGAGCACUAGUGAUGCUCUGAAUGUAGAGGGACAUGAAUGGGGUAGGUCUCAUGGUAGGGCUUCGGCUGUAGCAGGAGCUGUGGUGGCAAGCUUGACAAGUAGCAGCCUGGCGGCCCCCUCCCAUGCGCUUGCUGCUGCGGGGAAUGCUGCUGCGAUUUCCGCAGCUCUAGCUGCUGCUGCAGCAGCUGAAGCAGCAGCCGAGGCGGCAGCGUACGCAGCAGAAGCGGCAAUUGCAGCGGCAGAGGCAGCAGCAGAGGCAGCCGAAGCCGCAGCAGAGGCAGCGGCGGCAGCAGCAGAAGCAGCAGGGGCAGCAGGAGGAGGAGCAGGGGGAGCAGGAAUGGCUUUGCAGAAUGCAGUAUGGCAGUUGGCCUCUGUACCACUAUUUAAAGACCUACACGUAGACGUAGACCACCUCCUGUCAGGUUCAUUAUCAUCCCUCCCGUCCUCUCUCCCUCUCUCGCUUUCUCUCAGCCUUCCCUUCUUAGCCCAAGUAGGUGCCACACCCAUUGCUGUAGAAAAUAUUGUCACUACUACUGCUGCCCUCUCUGUCACUGGCGGUUCUGCUGCUGGUGGUGCAGCAGCAGCAGCAGCAGGGGUGGGAGGAGCAGCAGCUGCAGCGUUGGGCGAGUGGCAGGACCCUGUGAUGGGGCUCGUGACGCUGCUGGGUUCUCUCAUCUGGGUGCGGCUGUUUGACGAGCUGGCCAGAAGGGACCUCAUAGAGCGGAAACUGAGUCGCAAGCUGGUGCACAUCACCACGGGGCUGCUCUUCAUGCUCUUCUGGCCGCUCUUCAGCACCAGCUUCAACGCGCGUUUCUUCGCCAGCGCCGUGCCGCUCAUCAAUGCAACCCGCCUCGUGCUGCUGGGGCUGGGAGUGACUCGCAACGAGGGCAUGGUGAAAGCCAUGAGCCGAGAGGGCAGCUCCAGUGAGCUUUUGGGCGGUCCCCUCUACUAUAUCCUCACCCUGGCCUUCGUUACAAUCACAUUCUGGCGCUCCUCGCCUGUAGGGGGGAUGGCACUCGCACUCAUGUGCGGUGGUGAUGGCAUCGCUGACAUAGUGGGGCGGAGGGUAGGAUCUUCAAAGCUUCCUUGGAACGACCAGAAGAGUUGGGCGGGGAGCAUUGCCAUGCUGCUCUUUGGCUAUGGCCUCGCACUCGGCACCAUUCACCUUUUCACCGCAGUCGGGUUCUACUCUUCUGAUUGGCUGCUGCUGCCGAACCUGCCCCUCCGAGUCUUCCUGGUCAGCCUCGGAGCUACAGUGGUGGAAUCUCUGCCACUCAGCGACAAGUUAGACGACAACCUCACUGUACCACUCUCCACCGUUCUCUUUGGCCUCCUGCUGCUGCAUUAGUGGUAACCGAAGGGUUAGAGGUGUGGCCCUUGCGUGUUCUGGUUCAUUCACAAAUCAUGCUCUUGGGUUGACUC